AUGGACAUCUCAAAGAACGACUCACGUACAGCACCUUUACAUCAAAGUGGCGUCUCCUCCAACCGAGAUCCUGUGGCUACCAAGCAGGAUCCCAGCAAGGGAUCAAAACGCAGACAUGCAACUGUCUAUGAUGCUGUAGCGGGCAAAGUCUCACAUGACCAAGGUCCCGUAACGGAACCGGAAGAGUUACAGUAUACACCUCGUCACCCCAAGGCAAUCCGAUACUCCACAAAGGAUAUCCCUUUAGCUCCUGACGAAAUCCUAUUCAGGCGGAAAGAUGCACCCGUGCGUUACUUGGAGCACGACAUCUACUACGCUCAUGAAAAUGACCUCCCCUGUGGAGGACAGGGUGUCCUGCCAGAUAGUGACCUCCUCAAAGCCAUUCACGCUUACACCAGUGCCUUCUACAGCGUCAGAAACCGCGAGCGCCAACCUCCGGAGAGCCGAAACAUUACUGAACGGAGCAUGGAUGAGACAGCUCUCUUGGCAUUUGGUAUCCUCCUAGAGGAAGCUGGCAAGGAGGUCCUUGGUCGACGAGGCGACCUAGUCUUCACUGAGGGUGCAGAUGACGGUCCUGUCGACGUAUACGAGCCAGUCCAAGAUGAGACCCGGCUCGUUGGGCAUCACGACAUCUCCUUGCGGGGACGUCCUAAGCGGAGAAAGAUCGCCGAAAGUGACGUUGAAUGA